AACAUCAACAAUCCUUCCAGGUUCAGGCUGGGGCGAAGUGUCAGUGUGGUCAAAGCUAAGCCUCACUUUGUCUGGUAUUUCGCCGAUUUAUUUCUAGUUUUUUUUACUUUUUUUUUAAUAAGUAGUGUGUUGUAGCAUCCCAGAUAUGUCGUUGUUUGGUAAAAUAUUUGGAGGAGGAGGAAAAGGAGGAAAGGGACCGAGCCCGCAGGAGGCGAUCCAGAAACUCCGAGAGACGGAGGAGAUGCUAACGAAGAAACAGGAAUUUUUGGAGAAAAAGAUCGAACAGGAGCUGCAAAUCGCCAAGAAAAACGGCACGAAAAACAAACGAGCGGCUCUGCAGGCUUUGAAAAGAAAGAAGAGGUACGAGAAGCAGCUCGCUCAGAUUGACGGUACGCUGUCGACCAUCGAGUUCCAGAGGGAGGCUCUGGAGAACGCCAACACCAACACUGAAGUGCUCAAGAACAUGGGCUUUGCUGCCAAGGCCAUGAAGUCUGCUCAUGAAAACAUGGACAUUGACAAGGUGGACGACCUGAUGCAGGACAUUACAGAGCAGCAGGAGCUGGCCCAGGAAAUCUCUGACGCCAUCUCUAAACCUGUCGGCUUUGGAGAGGAGUUUGAUGAGGAUGAGCUGCUGGCGGAGCUGGAUGAGCUUGAACAGGAGGAGCUGGACAAAAACUUGCUGGAGAUUGGGGGACCAGAGAACGUCCCCCUCCCCAACGUGCCUUCUACUUCAUUACCUUCCAGACCUGCCAAGAAAGAGGAGGAUGAGGACGACAUGGAGGACCUGCAGCGCUGGGCGAUGGAAGCCAUGUAAACACCGCAUCCACCACAUCAUACCUGCAUCAGAGAGGGAAGAGGAAGGGACAAGGGGAGAAUGAAUGGACUGAUAGGAUGUUGUGUAUGUCGAGUGUUUUUGUGUGUCUGGGGAGAGCUGACCGUCUACUUUAUGUAACACUACAAAAAAGCAAAAAUGCUGUAGUCUCUCUUUUUUUUCCAUCCCCUUCACUACCUUUAUCUCGACACCCCUGGGUGCUCAAUGAAAGCGAGCCAAUCAGGGGUUUUUAUAUUGAAGCUCUAUCACUGUACCUUGGCAAAGUUAACCUAAUAUUUUUACCCUCAAUUUUAACACAGUACUAGCACUUCAUGGUCCUUGUACUGGGCAGGGCUGUUUCAACACCCAUCAAGCUCAUAUUGAAGUGUAAUGUUAUGAGCUCUGUGGUGCGAUAAUGGAGCUGUUGUCAGAUUAGUGUUGCAGGCUGUGUGGUGUUCUAAACAUCACUGGAUGACGGGAAUUUUCACGGGAGCUUAAUCCUCAGAUAUCUGUUUCUGACUCACAUAUUUACCUGUAUUUGUGGCGUUAAACUUGCUGGAUGUUUUUUUUCCCCCUUUAUGACAAAAUUAACAAUCCUUCACUCCGUUUAUAUAUUUUUUGUAACUGCUCUUGAAAAUAGGAGAACAGGUGAGCAUGUGCUGCGUGAAGAAGCUAGGAGCUGUGUGUUUGCCAGAAUCCAGACCUCUUGUUUCAGGUUGUGUAUUUUGUCCCUCCCCACCUCAGUGACACCCCCCCAGGCAUUUUCACCAGUGGUUCUUGCUAUAUGGUGUAAAUAUCCCAAAUGUGUCUCUGUUUUUAUAUACUGUAUUUUUGCUGUCACCGAGAGGUUCUGUUGAGGUUGUGUGAAGCAUGCAACAAUGGGAAGUCACAAUACAGAUCACAACGCACAGCUAAAAAAAGAGAGAUGUUUAACCUAACACUUUCAUCCUGCUCUGUCUGUCUUGGUCCUUCUCAUAAGGGUUUUUGUUUCAAAUUGUAUAAUGUUAAAAUAACAAUAAUAAUAAACUAUUGUCACACCUUAUUAACUGCAUCCAGAGGGAGAUGGUGGUUUAUAAAAGAUUAGAUUAUAGUCAAUCUACAACAUAAGCAUUUUGGAGUUUAAAGAGUUAAUUCCUUUAGUUUUUCAAAGUCGUGAUGUACAUUUUUUACAUUAAAAAAGAGAGAAACAUAACACAAGGACGGAUGGACAAGCAUGUUUGCAUUUCUAUGUUUUAUUUAUCCAGAUGAGAAUAUUAUUUGCAAAAUCAUUAAAGGUUUUCAAUUCUUUUAUUGUA